CGCGUACGCGAACGCGCGAUACACGCGUUCACGUACGUAGUUCCCUCGUCUUCCGUCUCAAGGGUGUGGGAUAGGAAACGAGCGGCAGCAUGUCGCGAUCAUGACGCGAUGCGUCCACAACAGGAGCACUACCGGCCUGACUCGCCGACGAAUGCGUCUCUGUCUCCGUCGCCGAACCGUCUGCGCUCGUCCUCCUGGCUGCGAUCCACCGAUUCAUUUCCGGGUAUGAUCGCCGGCGACACCGCCACGAUCUUCCGAGUCCUCGUUGUCUUGCUCGUCAGUUACGCGGUCACGGCUAAUAAUCUGCAUGAAAAUAAAACAUUCGUCUUUGGAGUUAAACACAACGUAAGCUGUCUUCACUCGAUCGACCAGCUGUCUGAAGAGCAUUUGCCAAAAAACAGAGCGACAAAGCUAUCUCAUUUCACAAAUUGGAGCGAAUGGUCGGUGUGCGAUCGACACUGCAUGCAAAAUCGCGUCAGGAAGUGCCGAUCAAAAAAAGAUUGCGGGACUAUUGUACUUAAGGAGGAACGUGAUUGCGAACAUAACAGAAAGGGUCGUCAAAGGCGAUGCAAACAACGUCAGCGCCGGAGACGUCGACGAAGAAACGAAAGAUUUCACGUCGUUCAAGUACCUAAAGAAGCAGAGCCUAGACAUGGAAAACAAAAAGGCAAAAACAGUAAGGAGAACUUCAAAAGACAAUAUGGAAAAUGGAGUAAAUGGUCGCCUUGCACGAGACUGUGCACUACUCAACGUCAUAGAUGGUGCAGAAAGCCGGGAAUUUGCGAGCGCGAUGUGAUACGAGAAAGCGCCUAUUGUUACGUUGAAGGUAGCUUCUGCCAAAGAUGGAUCCAUCGAAAAAUUCGCGGUAGCCACGAAGAAGACGGCGAUGACUUGGUAUUGGACGAGUUCGAACUCAAUCCUAAUGCCGUGGAUAGCUUCGCUCCAGAGAAGAAUUCAAACGUUUGGAAGUGUGGAAUAGCGACUCAUAAAGGAUCCAGAUUAUCAUACUUCACACGAAUUAUCGGUGGCCGUCCGACUGCACCUGGAAACUGGCCAUGGCAAGUGGCCGUGUUAAAUCGAUUUCGGGAAGCUUUUUGUGGUGGAACAUUGGUAUCCCCAAAGUGGGUAUUAACUGCCGCACAUUGCAUUAGAAAACGCCUUUAUGUUCGUAUUGGAGAGCACGAUUUAACGGUGAAAGAAGCCACGGAAUUAGAGCUUAGGGUGGAUUCAGUGACUAUCCACCCGGAGUAUGAUGCCGAUACUGUUGAUAACGAUGUGGCUCUACUUCGUUUACCAGUUACCUUGACCCCAUCUCCUUCGAGAGGGAUUGCGUGUUUACCCGCAUCAAAACAGCCCUUACCUACGAAUCAGUUGUGCACCAUUAUCGGCUGGGGCAAGUCCAGCGUGACGGACGAUUUCGGAACGGAUGUGCUACAUGAAGUUAAAGUUCCAAUAGUGUCUCCCGAGACUUGUCGAGAGGUCUACGUGGAUUACAGAAUAACGGAUAAUAUGUUCUGUGCGGGUUAUCGCCGUGGUAAAAUGGACUCUUGUGCGGGUGACAGUGGGGGACCUCUGCUCUGCAGAGAUCCUCGGAAACCUGAACAUCCGUGGACAAUUUUUGGUAUCACUAGUUUCGGCGAAGGUUGUGGCAAGCGUGGUAAAUUUGGUAUAUACGCCAGACUAUCCAAUUACGUGCGUUGGAUUAUGAAAGUGAUGAAGCAAACUGACGAUUAUAUUUAAAAAACACAAACAUCAUAGCGAACAUCAUAACUGUAUUAUAAUUGUAAUUAUAGUGUUUGCAUAAACGAGCAUAAAAAUUAAAAAUACAACGGGCAAUCAGG